CUCUCCGGCUCUAUAAAGGCGGCCACGCGUCGAGGCUGCGGCCCUGAGAAGACGUGUCUCGGGGGGAGCGCAGCACGCACGCAGCCGCGCGGGGGUUUUAAUCCGAUUCCGGCCGGCCCGGAUUUUAUUGGGGCGGUUUUAAGGAAAAUGUUUGUUGGUGGCCUCAGUUGGGAUACAAGCAAAAAAGACUUGAAAGAUUACUUCACCAAAUUUGGAGAAGUGACUGACUGUACGAUAAAGAUGGACCCUAACACAGGAAGAUCCAGAGGCUUUGGGUUUAUUCUCUUCAAAGAACCUGCAAGUGUUGAAAAGGUUCUGGAACAGAAAGAACACAGGCUAGAUGGGCGAUUAAUUGAUCCCAAAAAGGCCAUGGCGAUGAAAAAGGAUCCAGUGAAAAAGAUCUUUGUUGGAGGACUUAAUCCAGAAGCCACAGAAGAGAAAAUCAGGGAAUACUUUGGAGAGUUUGGGGAGAUUGAAGCAAUUGAACUUCCGAUGGAUCCAAAGACCAACAAAAGGAGAGGUUUUGUUUUCAUCACAUUCAAGGAAGAAGAUCCAGUCAAGAAGAUCUUGGAAAAAAAAUUCCAUAAUGUCAGUGGAAGCAAGUGCGAGAUCAAGGUAGCACAGCCAAAAGAAGUAUACCAACAGCAGCAGUUCAGUAGUGGUGGUGGAAGAGGCAGUUAUGGAGGAAGAGGCAGAAGUGGAAGAGGUGCUCAGAGUCAAAAUUGGAAUCAAGGUUAUGGCAAUUACUGGAACAACCAGGGUUAUGGGAGUCAAGGAUACGGCUAUCAGCAAGGUUAUGGUGGCUAUGGAGGCUAUGAUUAUUCAGGAUAUGGGUAUUAUGGAUAUGGACCAGGCUAUGAUUACAGUCAAGGCAGUGCAAAUUAUGGAAAGUCACCAAGACGUGGUGGUCAUCAGAAUAACUACAAGCCAUAUUGAUCAAACUUAUUCAGGAAAAGCUCCUUUCUAAAGCUGGCUGUCCACUGGAAGUGGAACCCACAAAUCCUGCUGAGGAGCACAGAUCCUGUGUCCAUUUACUUUAGCUAAUGCUUCACAGAGCUGGUAAGAAGCUAGAGCUAAAAACUACAGCUGCAAAGACAAAUGUCUUCUGGCAAUACUGUGUUCUUGAGGAUUUAAACUGCAUCAAUUAAGGUAGAAUAAUGAACCUGUGCAGUGGAUUUUGUGAAUAUUGGUUGGAGUUUAUGGAAAGAAAGUAUGAAGUUACUCAUGACUACCAUUUUUCCAUGAGAAAAAUCAAGUAAUUAGUGCCUCUAGUUUUGGCUUGUAUGUAAGGCAGGCAGUCAUACUGUUACCUUCUAGAAGGUGCUUCCUGUACUUUUGUAAUGAGGUAGUUGUUUAUUCCUGACUUAUUUGGACCUGGGGAAAAGCCAACUUAAUGCAGGAGACAGUACAUACAUGUUUAAAGUACCUGCAUUAAGCCGGUCAAUUGUAAUGACAGCUAAAUCAAGCUGGAGGUAACUAGAGUUUCUCUGUCCUCUGAAAACUGAAUAGUACAAGUAGGCAAAGUUUAGUAAUAACCCCAAAAUGGAAAGACCUGCUUCAGCGUUUCUUUUUAAAUAAGUGUUACUGCCUUAAGUAAUGUAUGCUACAGUGUAGAGGCGUUUGGUUUUCUUCCCACCCCUUUCCCAUGUCCACAUGUGUGGGGCUGUUCUUGGUGUCACUUGGACCCCCCCAAACAAACAAACAAAACCAAACCCAAACAAACCCCAAACAAACAAAAAACGGAAAACACUAGUUUCGAGCCCUGUACUAUACAUUGCCAAACCAUUCUGGUGACAGACUUUCUGACCACUCUUCAAGCAAAGCAAGCAGUUUUUUUGCAAGUAAGACAGGAACAGGCCCCACAACUCUAAAAUGAUACACACUGAAACCCUAGACUACUCCAGCUCUACUGUUACUCUGUCAUUACUACAACAAGUAGUUUCCCCUCAGUAAGAGCAACCUGUCUGUAAAGGAGGUAACUGGCUCCUAGGGUAGUAAGUUGAGGAAAUACAUAAGCUUUAAAAAUUUAUGGUGUAAUAAUGCUAAGUAGAUUUCUUUUAAUUGAAAGGUUUUAAGUGGCACUGUAGUUUUAAUGAUGUAUUAAAAGCUAGCUAACUUCUACUGUUCCCCUUCAACAAAUGUGCACGUGGCAGCCUUUUGGUGUUAGAUACCCCCCUCUACAUGGCUCAGAAGUUAAGCAAAAUAUUGAACAUAACAAACAUGUUGCUCAUUUCUUCACUGUAAGUAUACUGUAUCAUAAGUGAUCUUGACAAUUUAGUCAAGUAGUGGAAAAUUUAUAAAAUGCUUACCUAUUAAAAUUGAAGCUUAA